AUGGCUUCACGGACUUUCUCCGCUGUUUUCGUCGCUCUCUGUGCUUUCCAGGACAUCAAUUCCGUGACGGGCAACGCCAAUGACUGCGACACAGAGUGUGCCACAACUUACCCUGGGUCAUAUUGUAAGUAUUGGAAGAUGCCGAGCACCUGCUUCGGCUCGGAUGCCCCGUGCUUCUGCGGCACGAGUGGACCGACUGAGGCUCUCCGAGGUUCCACAUCCUCUGCUGCAGUCACGGAUGAGGUCACUGAGGCCGCUACAAGCGAAGAAGGUACGACAGCAGCUCCCGAAGCAACGA